UGGGCUUCCUUGUUUACUUAUUUAGAGCCGAGCAGAGGAAGUGGUGAAGGAAACUUGCUGAGUCGUUUUCUGAGAAGAGACCAUAUUUGUUCGCAGAGGAAGCUGUUGCUUUCUGGGAUCUGGUUACAGCAGAAAAGCCCUGUGCUCCAACAAGGGUGUUCCAGACGGUGACUGGAAGUUGGAAGAGCCAAGAACACCUCCACGCUCUGGACUGGGGUUCUCCAUCCAUGGGUGCAGCACCCAUGCUCAGCUUGUGAGUUCUGUCCUGGGAGAGCAGCCAUGGCAUUGAGGAACGUGCCCUUUCGCUCAGACGUCCUGACCUGGGACCCCGACAACCUGGCCGACUACUUCAGGAAGCUGAACUACAAGGACUGUGAGAAGGUAGUGAAAAAGUAUCACAUCGACGGGCAGCGGUUUUUGAACUUGACAGAAAAUGACAUCCAGAAGUUUCCUAAGCUCCGGGUACCGAUUCUCAGUAAGUUAAGUCAAGAAAUCAACAAGAAUGAAGAGAGAAGGAGCAUUUUCACACGCAAACCCCAAGUCCCACGGUUUCCUGAAGAGACAGAAAGCCAUGAAGAAGACAAUGGGGGCUGGUCAUCCUUUGAGGAUGACUAUGAGAGCCCCACCGACGAUCAGGACGGGGAGGACAAUGAUGACUACGAGUCCCCCAACGAGGAGGAAGAGGCACCCGUGGAAGACGAUGCAGAUUACGAGCCGCCACCCUCCAAUGAUGAGGAGGCCCUACAGAGCUCCAUCCUGCCUGCCAAGCCCUUCCCCAACUCCAACUCCACCUACAUCGACCGGCCCCCGACCAGCAAAGUCCCGCAGCAGCCGCCCGUGCCCCCGCAGCGGCCGAUGCCCGGGCUCCCUCCUCCGCCCGCGGCCCGGAGUCACGCGCCACUCCCCCCGCCCCAGCCAAACCACGAAGAGCCUAGCAGAAGUAGAAACCAUAAAACAGCAAAGCUCCCUGCUCCUUCCAUAGACAGAAGCACGAAACCUCCCCUCGAUCGUUCCUUGGCCCCAUUUGACAGAGAGCCCUUCACACUAGGAAAGAAGCCCCCGUUUCCUGACAAGCCCUCAGCCCCAGCGGGAAGGCCUCUCGGGGAGCAUUUACCCAAGAUGCAAAAGCCUCCUUUACCACCAGCCACAGAAAGGCAUGACCGGGGUAGCCCCCUGCCAGGGAAGAAGCCACCUGUGCCCAGGCAUGGAUGGGGACCAGAGAGAAGAGAGAAUGAUGAAGAUGAUGUGCAUCAAAGACCAUUGCCUCAGCCCACAAUGCCCUCCAUGAGCUCCAACACUUUCCCUUCCAGAUCCACCAAGCCAUCACCCAAGCACACCCUCCCAUCACCUCACAUGCCUGGAGCAUUCUCUGAAAGUAACAGUGGUUUCCCACAGAGUGCCUCCCUGCCGCCAUACUUCUCUCAAGGCCUUGGCAACAGACCCCCUCCUAGAGCUGAAGGAAGAAACUUUUCCUUGCCAGUUCCAAACAAACCUCGAUCACUGUCUCCAGGGGAAGAAGAGAAUUCAUUAAAUGAAGAGUGGUACGUUUCUUAUAUUACCCGACCAGAGGCAGAAGCUGCUCUUAGAAAGAUAAACCAGGAUGGCACUUUUCUGGUUAGAGACAGCUCUAAAAAAACAAUAACUAAUCCGUAUGUCCUCAUGGUGUUGUACAAGGAUAAAGUUUAUAACAUCCAGAUCCGUUAUCAAGAGGAAAGCCAAGUUUACUUGUUGGGAACUGGACUCCGGGGGAAAGAGGACUUUUUGUCUGUGUCAGAUAUUAUAGACUACUUCAGGAAAAUGCCACUUCUGCUCAUUGAUGGGAAAAACCGAGGCUCCAGAUACCAGUGCACAUUAACACAUUCUGCAGGUUAUCCCUAGCGAGUUAGGCAAGCAAAUGAACCUUGCUCCUGCCUCUGUUGCCAGCAUGGGAAGAUCAAUCAACCUUGGUGAACGGACAAACACUUAGGACUGAAUCAAACCCCUCAACAUGAACACAAGGUUUUGACCUUUCAUAUAAAAAAGUGUUUGAAAUGAAGACUGUCAAAUAUAUCAUAAUUUAUUUAUUCUUCUUCAAUGUUUGUAAGCAUGAGUAAUACUGUUCACACUUGAAGUCUAGUAGUGCACUGUAAUGAUUCAUUUAAAAAAUGUGUAUUUUGAAAUAUUCAUUUCAAAGUACAGUAGUUUGCAUAGCUACAGAAAUAAUUUGAGGCAAGAUUAAAAACACUGAAACAGUAAUAGUUUUUGAUAUCACAUAAAACUGAUUUUUUAAUAGCUAAACCUUUGUUGUUAGUCAGAGGCAAUCAUCAGUUUUAUAUAUAUGAUUUGAAAAUUUCCAAAUUUCACUUUCUUGGCAGCAAUAAUUUAAGAGGCUUAAAACUAGUUCAUCCUUUCUUAUUUGUUUCUUUUUUUUUGCUGGGGGCAUAUUUGUGUACUUUUUUAUGAAAAGAUAAAUGCAUGAUGCGAUAACUUCCUAGGAUUAAAAUUAAUUUACCUUUUGCUUUA